CUAAAACAAAACGAGUUUAAGAAAAGGGGCUUAAUAACGAGAAUAACGCAGAAGUUCAAACAGACGCUGGGUAGCGCUAACACCUACUGAACGCACCGGAACGACCGUAAAAAGAAGCGAAGAAGAAGACCAACUGAAAUUGGUCGAAUGAAGGAAUAUCCUACAAUUUCUCUGGACCGGUUCGACAGGGAGAACCUACAUGCCCGGGCAUAUUUCCUCUCCCACUGCCACAAAGAUCACAUGAAAGGACUGAAAGGACCAAUACUGAAGAGAAAACUGCAGUUCAGUCGUACAGUCAGGCUCUACUGCUCCUUUGUGACAAAAGAACUUCUUCUGAGCAAUCCUAGGUACUCUUUCUGGGAGGAAUACAUUGUUCCAUUAGAGCUGGAGAGUCCAACACAGAUUUCUCUGGUUGAUGAAACAUCUGGAGAGAAAGAAGAUCUUGUGGUCACGUUGCUUCCUGCAGGCCAUUGUCCUGGCUCUGUCAUGUUCCUGUUUGAAGGUUCUCAGGGAAACGUGCUGUACACAGGAGACUUCAGGUUGGCCGGUGGAGACGCCUCGAGAAUUGAACAUCUGCACUCUGGAAGCAGAGUGAAGGAUAUUCAGAGCAUUUAUCUGGACUCGACUUUCUAUGAUCCACGGUUCUACCAAAUUCCUACUCGGGAGGUCUGUCUGAGUGGUAUCUUGGAGCUCAUUGGAAACUGGAUCAGUCAGAGUCCAUAUCAUGUUGUGUGGCUCAACUGUAAAGCUGCGUAUGGAUAUGAAUACCUGUUCACUAACCUGGGAGAGGAGUUCAACACACAGAUCCACGUGAGGAGUCUGUCUAUGUUCAGGAAGAUGCCAGAGAUCCUGAGCUACGUGACGACCGACCGCAGGACACAGAUCCACGCCUGUCGACACCCCAAGGAGGAGGAGUUUUUCCAAGGCAGCAGGCUACCGUGUGGCUGUAUGGCCUCUGACGGGACACCUCUUCGUAUCAUCAGCAUCAAACCAUCUACCAUGUGGUUCGGAGAGAGAACGAGGAAAACCAACGUGAUCAUAAAAACAGGAGCCAGUUCCUUCAGAGCCUGCUUCAGUUUCCACUCCUCCUACUCAGAGCUUCAAGACUUUCUCUCGUACCUCCGGCCAGUCAACAUCUACCCCAGUGUUAUCCCUAUUGGUCGGACACUGACUGAGGUUACGCAGAUGUUGAAGCAGAUGUGCAGGAAACCAUCUGAUCAGACGUUUGUAUACAAACCUCUGGGAGUCCUUAAACGCACCACAGUGGAGCGACCUACAUAUGACUCGGACAGCGAUGACGGGCUGUUUGACAGACAGGACUUGGCACCAAAGAGAAAGAAGUUUGGACCGAACCAAGAAAUAGAAAGAGUGAAUGCUGAGAAUGAUCAGAAAACAGCGCCUCCUGUGUCCGUGGAUGAGUCUUUAUCUGUGACGGUCACAGACUCGCAGCCUGCUGUAGGAAACUUUGUGGACUGCACUGAGUCUAAUGAUGAAGAGGAGGAUGAGGAGGAAGAGGUGAAAGAGAGUGAGGGAGAGGGGGAUGCAAAGCUGAAGGAGGAGGAGGUGAACGAUGCAGUGAAGGGAAGUGAGAGGAGUAAAGGCGCCGAGAAAAUGGAGGUUGAGGUAGAAGGUUCCUCUAAUCCACCAAAGUGGGAGGAUUUUUUCACCACGGAGACGCUGCCUGACAGCCAGAACAGCAUCAACAGCGUCAACAGCCAAUCACAAUCCUGCUGUUCUGCUCCGAGCACCUCCCCCUCCAGAAUGACCGAUUCGCAGACCCCAGAACUGUUCAGCGAGGAGGAAGAAACCCCCAACAACGAUGAGAACUUCAGUCUGACCCUGUCCGCCUCUCUGUCGAACCAUUCCUCCCAGAACCUGGACUCGUAUUUACCCGACACUUUGAUUCUCCAACCAGAGCAGGCGGGGCGUGAACAAGGAGACUCGAGGACCAAUAAUGUGUCUCAGGAGAAGGAGAGCAAGGACCAAAAUGUCCAAUCAGAGCAGGAGGAGCUCUCUCAGGAGUCCCGGGUGUCGUCAGACUUUGAUAUUCCCUGCACACCAGAUUCAAAAAGACCACGGGAGGAUGAACUGUCGCAGUUGUACAGGAAGCUGGCGGCAGGAGAGGACGUGGUCAUCAGAAAGUGUCUACAGUGAAAUCAAAGGAGUUAAUGCUCCCGCAGUGCAAAUGAAGCUCAGUCGGCAGAAUAAAAAGUUGACACUGUACGUUUGAAUCGCCAACAAAAACCAGGUGAUUUUAGGGACUGUUGGGACAUUUUCCAGCCUAGUGAGCCAUAAAUGAAAUGAAAUAUUUUUGUUGAUAAUUUCUGUUAUAUGAACUUAAACUUAAAUCCUGUUACUUCACAUACUGUGUUUUGCCACGAUUGCUGGUUUAUAUGUGCGAUGAACACAGAAUGAGCUUCUAUAUGAUGAAAACCUCAAAUGCCUUCAAAGUGACAACGUUCCUCUUCAGCUUCAGUCGAACCUCCAAACCACACAAACCUCAGUGUGCACAGCAGCACACACACACACACACACACUCAUUCCAAUGCACUUUAAGCUCACCUGUGGCCUACAUCUAUCAGUACACCUGUGACCUUCACUGUUGACAUUUCCUUUUUGUUGACAGUUUGUGGUUUCUUCUGAUUAGUUUGACUUUAUACUCAUGAAAACCUCAAAUAUUCGACUUUAUGACGAAUGAGUAAACUGGAAGAUAUUCACCUGUAACACUUGCUUUGCUAUGUAUUCUUAAAGCCUGACGUAUUCCAGAUGUUUGAUGCAAAUAGAGGAAUCAAUACCAAUAUUAUGGUGUCUGAUGAUCAGUUUGUAUUAAAUGUAUAUCUGAUUUGCUAACAUUAGCUGGCCGAUUUAUCAGUCAGGCUCUCAACAUCUUUAGCUUUUGUUUGAUUUAAUUCUGAAAAACUAUAAAUGAAUUCCUCACCUAUGA